GGUGUCCAAAUCAGUAACAAAUCAUCAAACUCGAGUCAUGGAUCCGAGAAUACUCAGGAUCUUUCCAGUUUCUACGAAAGUGUAUUCCACUCCAGCAUUACAUCAACCCUAUUCUCCUAUUCUCCAAUAACUCAUACGAACACCAUCAUCUCUCCAGAAGCUCCAAUAAUUGACGGAGAUUACCACUACUUCUGGGGAGAACACUAUGUGCACAAUGAAGAAAGACCGCAAAAGUGCGAGUUUCAGAUUCCAGAUGACGAUCUGGAAUUGAAAAAUGUGGCAUUCUCUAAUGGCACUAGACCAACUUCUCUAACUUUUGGUUGUGCCAGUUCUGACAAAUGUUGUGGAAUGGAAUGUUGCAGUAAACCAACUAAACUAGUUGUAAUUCUUGUUGUGCUCGGGUUUCUGUAUGGAACUGUAAUGUAUUGGCUUGAUAGGAAAGGAUAUAUUAAAAGCACGAGAGAGCACAGAAUGAGAGGAAUUCAGUGGUUGGCAGAGAGACUCAAAAAGGCGCAAUCUGU